UACAUUUUGAACAUCCGAAUCUAUAAAAAUGCAAAGGAACUUGUUCAUUACCUUGCGCCCACUAAUGGGCAACAUCAAUAAAUUAAUGAUGGUGCCCCAGCGCACAUUUCUGCGCUCUGCUGCUCUUAUGCAGGGGCCAGCCAAAUGUGGAGUAGCCAAGGUUCCUCCAAAGUUGGCGAAGCUGCAGAAGCAAUUUCAGCAAAAUGACGGGAAACCUGUGUUCCUCAAGGGUGGCGGCACUGAUGCCAUCCUUUAUAAGCUAACUCUAGUGUUAUGCCUUCUAGGCACAUUAGGAUCGGCCUGGCUAUGGUUUGGCUACAUACUGGCCUAGUUAAAACACACUCAUUUAUGUUGGCUGCAGGCAACAGGCAUCGACAGCCAACCCUUUCAGGAAUUUAAUACAAGUUUCAAACGCCAAACAUGUUACAAACGAAUGUUAAUUUAACAAACAACUAUACAAUUACACAACUGUUCCGCCUCAUAUAUACAUAUAUUUAUAUAUCCAUACAUAACUCAGGUAUUUCAUUCAUAAAUAUAUUAAUUCUAACCCAAUUCAACAUAA